CGAAAUUUAUCCCAAUGUUUUGCCCUAAUUUCCUUAGCUCAUUCACCGUAGCCAUCUGCCACCGGGGUUUCCGCCGGAGCCGCCGUCAUUCAACUGCUCUCUCUUCACCAUAUCUGAUUAUUCUCUGCCGUCAAGUUUCUCCUUGACUUGUGAUUUCGGUUGUGGCUGUUGCAUCUUUGAUGAAUCAGCCUUACCACCACAGGUUAAACUCUGUCUGUUUCUCUAUCUCUUUUGUUGGAAUACUGAACUCUCUCAAGGAAUAAUUGUCAAUCAAAACCCAACAACCUUCACCAUUCAUUUUACUGGAAACUCCUGCCUUUUAAGUUUUUGCACUAAAUGUUCUUCAACUUUAACAAAUCUGCGGCCAAAACAAUCAAAAAGCUGCUCUGGCCUUGUGAAAAAUCAAUCUUGUUGAUCCCUAGUGUUCCUUUCUCACACAUUCAGAGGUACAGUUACGUUAAUGUGUACAUGAAAUGGAAAAAAGAUUCGUACUAUGACUCAAUUGAGCACAUCCACCAGUCCAUUCAGCUCAAACCUCUCAUUGCCCUCAAAAACUGCGUUGCCCGGGAUCCCAACGGGUGCAUCCCUAUCUCUGAUGUGUCAAAGAGGGGAUUACAGUUAGAUGUGCCCACGAAGGUUGCAAGAUUUAUGAGGCAAUAUCCAUCUAUUUUUGAGGAGUUUACAGGUCCUAAGUACAAUCUUCCUUGGUUCAGGUUGACGCCAGAAGCUGCUGAGAUUGACAGGGAGGAGAAGAGAGUAUAUGACGAAUGCAGGGAGGACUUACGGUCCAGGUUGAGGAAGAUGAUAUUGAUGACCAAAGAGAAUGUUCUUCCUUUAAAGAUUAUUCAAGGGAUGCAGUGGUAUUUGGGGUUGCCUGAUGAUUUUUUGCAGUACCCAGAACAGAAUCUUGAUGAAUCUUUCAGGUUUGUAGAGAUGGAAGAUGGAUUGAAGGGUUUGGCUCUUGAAAACAGAGAAAAGGUUUGUUCUGUAAUGGAGAAGAAUGCCAUGAAAAGAGGUUUGUACUGUGGGGGCCCGAUGGAGGCCAUUGAAUUUCCUUUUUUCCCAUCACAGGGUCUGAGGUUGAGGAGGAAGAUUGAGAAUUGGCUACAUGAAUUUCAGAAGCUUCCUUAUAUUUCACCUUAUGAUGAUUUCUUGAAUUUGGAUCCAAAUAGUGACAUAGUAGAGAAAAGAGUUGUGGGGUUUCUUCAUGAAUUGCUUUCCCUUUUUGUUGAGCAUUCAGCAGAGAGGAAGAAGCUCUUUUGCCUCAAGAAGUAUUUUGGGUUGCCACAGAAAGUGCACAAAGCUUUUGAGCGGCAUCCCCAUAUGUUUUAUCUAUCUUUCAAGAAUAAGACUUGUACAGUCAUUCUCAAGGAAGCUUACAACAAUAAAUCAGCCAUUGAGAAGCAUCCUCUAUUGAUAGUGAGGAAGAAGUACAUCAAGUUGAUGAAGGAAUCAGUAGUGAUUUUAAGGAAUAGGAGGCUAAAUAAUCGGUUUUCUAAUUGUAGUGCAGAACUGGAUUUAGAUUCAGAUGAUGUGGAUGAAAGGGAACCAGAGAUGGUAGGUUGUUCUUUGGAGCAGGUUACAUGAAAAGUUAUAAAACAAGACUUUAAGUUGCUUCAUCAGAAGGAACACACGAGGUUUCUACCAACAGAGAAAUGAACACAAGUAGCUGAGGAAUAAGCAUAUGUUGAAAAGGCAUAUCAGCUUCUUCAUGUGACAGGUUAGCACAUCUGGUUGUAUCCUAUCCUUGAGGUAUUUUUCAAUUUCAUGUCUAUAUAUAUAAAGAAUGUUGUCACUGUUGUGAUUAGUUUUAGAAUAAAGCUUGAUUAACUGUAUUGAAUUCUUUAGCCUUACACAUUUUUUGUUGUUUUAAAUUUCUUAGGUAUCUAUUUUGGCUACGCGUGCUCUACUUUAUGGAUGUACUUGUUAGCAUACCAUAACAUUGUAUUCAAGCUUUUCCUGACUUUGUUUUAUAUGCUUUGCUGUCAUGUUUUUGACGUGUAAAUUUCCCUUGAAUCUCUGCAAUUUUGGUGUGCCUUAUAGUGUUGAAAUUACAGGGAUUUAGGUAUACAUGGGGAAAUAGUGAGAUAUUCUAACAAGUGGAAAUGGACAUUAUAAGCAGGUGUUUAGAAAAAAUUGGCUUUUAUCUGUGGGACUUGGACAGUUAUGCACAUCUUAUGUAAAAACAAGUCUGGUAAGUUUAUGCUCUUUCGUGGGGUUCUGGAACCAUUCACAUAGCAGAUUUGGAUAUGUGGAGAGAUCCUUUGGAUCUCAGCCUGUACGGUUUUGAAAUACAAGAAGCAAGAGAGAUCAUCACAAGUGAUUGGGAUCGAGAAGUUUUGACUGAUGAUUAAAUAGAGCAUGCUGUUGUCCAUGCUCAUUGUGCUUUCAUGAUCCGGAACAACCUCUGGGUUUCGAGGUAUUCGUACAAUACAGUAUAUGUUCAUUUCUUUCAUGUUACGAUUAUAUGACAAUAGUAAUACAUUGUUACUCUGGCAAUAUAGUGAUUUGUUUGAUCCUUCUUGCUUCGUUAGGUGA